GGCGGACAAGGCCCCUGAGCAACAUCAUGUUUUCCUGGCUCACACUUCUGUCAUUGUGUGCCUGGUGCUUUCACUCCCACGAUGCUCAUCAUGAACGCGCAAUGCAUUCGUUGGGCGGUCGCGAAGGUAGCCAGUCCCUCGCUUUCAGCACUUCAUGGCAGGUGUUAGGACCAUUUCAGAUCGGGACAAGAGAAGCCACAUGGGGUGCAGAUCCCCUUGAGUAUCUUGGUGGAUUUAGGGCACUGCAGUAUGACCCGGGAGCACAGUUUCGAAGCUCUCUGCCAACAAAUGGAACGGCGAGAUGGUCUGUAGUAGUGGCUACACAGACCUCUGGCAAUUCGUCUUCAUCCAGUGCUUCUUUGAGCAUUAGCUAUGAUAAUGUUGACUGGAACUUUCUCAAGGUUGUUUACGGCUGGGCCGCCGUGCAAUAUCAGGCCUGGGCUCGAGGGGAGAUUACAGUCAGCGCGGACGAUAAUCAACAUGUCAUCCUUUACACUGACUCAAUUCUCGAGUAUUGGGUUGAUGAUGUCCACUAUUUCGGAGGAGACUUCUUCACUUACCGAAGAGCGCCGCCUGUCCUCCACCUGACUCCAGGCACCCACAAGAUUGAUCUUCGCCUUGUCAGGGAUGUCAGGGCGAUGGGCGGUGUGCUUGAUCCUACCAUCGACGUGGUGGUAGAGGCACAGAGGGUUUCGGGAACCCUGGAGUUGGCGAAACCUGGGAUCCUGAUGUCGGACGUUGUGGAUGGGAAGCUUGCCAGCCUAAUAGGCUCUGUGGCGCUUCGAAACAGCGGUGAAGAUGAUAUCGAGAUAGUAGAUGUUCAGUCUUCCGACGUGAGAUCUCCUGUCAAUACCACCAACCUCGGUGGUAAAUCUAGACUGGUUGUAGUUGCCGGUCAGACAAGACCAUUUGCUUUCAAUAUUUCUUUGCCAACACAUAAUACUUCUUCAGUACGCUUCUCAAUUACUUAUAAGACUACUGCGGGUGGCGAUCAGCUUUCAACUUUACUUGUCUCUCAAAACCUUACUCGAAGAUCUAUCUAUGACCCCCACAAGAUUACCUAUCUCCAUCCUGGAAGCAUGGCCUCUUACGCCAUGCUUCGACCUCCUGCAGAGAACGCAGCUUGCUCGGAGGGUCCGAAUAGCACCCUACCAGUUCUCUUGCAGCUCCAUGGGGCCGGCGUGGAAGCAGACUCUGACCAAGUUGCACAUGCUUUAGAUCCCGUACCGGAUCUUUGUGCUUGGGUCAUAUUCCCUACUGGUGUCACAUCAUGGAGUGGCGACGACUGGCACAACUGGGGGUUUGCUGAUGUUGAGGCGGCAGUGAAUAGCAUACCCUCUUGGAUUGAUGCUGUUGCCUGGCGAGGCCCUGGCGUAGAUGUCAACACAUGGGUGGUGAGCGGGCAUUCUAAUGGGGGGCAGGGAUCUUGGUACGCGCUUACGCACCGACCGGAUCGAAUAGUUGCGGCGUCCCCAAUUUCCGGCUAUUCUUCAAUACAAAAAUAUGUUCCCUACGAGCUCUGGCAGCCAAUGGACCCGAGACGGACUGCCAUCAUCAGUGCUUCAUUAAACAGCUACCGACACGAGAUGCUGAUGGAAAACGCGAAGGGCAUUCCAGUACUGCAACAACAUGGCGAAAAGGAUGACAACGUCCCAACAUAUCACUCAAGGUUCCUCAGGCAGCUCUUAUUCCAAGUCGGGACAAACUCCAACUACUACGAACUCCCAGGGAAAGGCCAUUAUUAUGACGGUGUCAUGACUACCGAUCAACUGAAGAGCUUUUACCGAGAGCAAACUAGAAGCGAUAAGACGACACACACGGACCCUCAGGAAUUCAGCAUCGUUGUUGGAGAUCCUGGCGAUAUGGGAUCCAAAGGUGGAAUACUCGUUACUCAUCUUGGGGACCCAGGCCAAUAUGGUAGGGUGGAUGUGAAGUACGAUUCCACGCUGAAAUCCUACACUAUCAAAACAUCGAAUAUUCUUGGGCUCAAGCUAGACGAGCGGUAUAUGCAACACGAGGGAAUUGGUAUAGACGGCCAAGACAUAGCCACUUCAGAAGGGUCGAACACCAAGCGCGGCUUCUUGGAGCUCUCCCACUCACUGGAAGGCAGCUGGAAGAUCGGCCCGCUCUACCAGUCUAAUGCCAGCACCCAGCACCGUCAUGGCAGACAGCUGGGUAGCAUGACUGCCAUCCUGCGCAGCAGUGGACCCCUCACCAUCCGACAUCAGGCCGCGGAGACAGCCCACAUAGCUCUCCAAGUAUCUCGCAAUCUGCACCAGUAUUUCUCCGCUGACUCGAAAAUUAUAUCUACUGGGUCAUGGGACGACAGCCCCCCCGGCAAUCUCAUAUCGAUCGCCAUUGGUGGAGACGCCCCGCCGAUUGUUCAACCUGACUUUCCUAUCCAAGUAGGAACGACUUCUGUAUCUGUUCGAGACAGCAACGGCCGAUGGCGAAGGUUUGGGGAAGGGGAAGGAGCUCAUCUUGGCGCGGCAUUCCUUCAACCCCCUGCACUACUGGAUGAGAGACUUGAGCUUGUCCUCUGGGGCUCUGAUGUCGAGAUGGUUGCGCAAGUAGCACGGCUGGUACCGAUGCUCACAGGGGUUGGACAGCCAGACUUCGUCGUUCUUGGUGACAGUGCCCGGUGGCGAGGCGUGGAGGGAGCUCUGUCGCUUGGCUUCUUCGAUUACUCUUGGAACGUGACGCCGUCGUCGGUGGUCUAGAGGGAGUGAAAGGGGGGAACAGCUCCCACCACACCCUGCCGCGUCGCGUGCGUCGACAAAGGUG